UACCCAACUCUCGGCCUGUGCUGUGCAGACAGCAGAGCUCGAUCCAGAGAGAAAAGAGCGAGAGUGAUAACUGAGAGAGGUCUCGCGCGCUCGGCCAUGGCAAAGUCGCUCCUCGCGAUGAAGACGGGCCCGGCGGCCGGCGCGUCGGAGGCGCUGCUGGAGUCGGACCUGCGGGAGCUGACCAUGGCGGCGCGGAAGCUCGCCAACCACGCCAUCGUCCUCGGCGGCGGCAUCGGCUUCAUCGGCACCUUCCUCCAAUGGCUCGCCUUCGCCGCCGCCGUAUAUCUGUUGGUGCUGGACAAGACCAACUGGAAGACCAACAUGCUGACGGGCCUCUUGGUCCCUUACAUUUUCUUCACCAUGCCCGGCCUGCUCUUCGGCUUCAUAAGGGGGGAGAUUGGUAGCUGGGUUGCGUUCGUUUUUGUCGUCCUGCGGCUGUUCUUUCCGCGCCACUUCCCUGAUUGGCUGGAGCUGCCUGGGUCUCUGAUCCUCCUCACGGUGGUCGCCCCCGCCAUCUUCGCCGACACCUUCCGGGGCUCCUGGCUCAUCAUCGGCGUCGGCGUGUGCCUGGUCAUCGGGUGCUACCUGCUCCACGAGCACAUCAAGGCGUCGGGUGGCCUCAAGGAGGCCUUCAAGAAGCCCAAUGGCUGGUCCAACACCAUCGGCAUCCUCCUCCUCUUCAUCUACCCGGUCUGGGCCGUCGUCAUGUGGUUCCUGUAGACCGUUCGCCGCUGUUUUUGGGGUUCAUCAUGUGAUGUUUUUCUCCGGCGAUUUGGUGUCGAUGAACCAUGCGCUCUUGUACCUGUUGAAUGUUGAUGAACUGUCUCGGCCAUGUUUCGAUUUGGUGUCACGUCUUAAUUUGUUUCCUUGAUCUGUGGGUACAUAGCCAUCAAUAAAAACGUCUGCUCUGUUGA